AUGCUUCUAAAAUGGGCAAAUACUUAUCAAGAUGGUCAUAUAGCUACAACUGACUCAGCCGAGGGUAUUUCUGUAUCAAUUCAAGAUUUUUUAAUAACGUUUGAAAUGGUUAUGGGAUCAAUAGCGCAUUGGUAUGCAUUUUCAUUCAAAGAUUAUAUUGAUCCUAACUAUAGAUCAGGUCGUAUGCCAAUCAGAUAUGCAUUUAAAGAUUGUAUGGGAUUCAAAGAUGUUCUUGAAGACACAUUAGAAACAAUCAGAGGCUCGAGAUUCAAUUAUAGAACAUUUGAACCAGCAGAAGGCAUGGCAUAUAUAGGCCCUAGUCGGACAGCAAGAAUUAUGGCCGGAUUAAGAUUUACGGGUGGUGGGUCAGGAAAAUAUUGGUUGCCUGGACCUAAUAACUCACGUUCAUCAUUAUCUUCAGAAAGAGCGGACGACGAUGAUAAAAAUAGUUUAAAUUUUCCAGAUCCAACGCCAGACGAUGAAGUUGAAACAAUGUAUGAUUAUAGUAGAAGGUUGGGUAGAUUUGGUGAUUACAAUUUUCCAGUUAUAUUUCAGAAUUCAUAUGAAACAAAAGAUAUUUUCAAUAACAACGAUGAUGAUAAUGAAGAAUAUGAUUUCUUUGAAGAUGAUGAGCUUAUAAAUAAUCGUAUUAGAAAUGGGUCUUCAAGUAAAAAUCGACAAUUAAGUGAUCCGAAUGUUUCACCUUUUAGAAUAGGAUGCAUUGAUUUGGUAAGAGAAAUACCUAAUAGUGAUGGCAAAAGAUUUGAAAGAUUUAUAGAUCGAAUCGAAUCAUCGUCAUCAUCAAAAUCAUUUAAUAAAAUUAAUGUAGAAGAUGAUGAUGAUGACGAAACAGAUGAAUUUGAUCCUCUUGGAACAAAUCGUACUAGACAUUUGAGUAAUUCAUUAAAAUCUUUAGAAAAAAAUAUUUGGAAAGAAGACGAUUAUUUCAAUUUAUAA